CGCUGCGCUUAGUGGGACGUAAGUACUUGCAGCCUGUGGUUCCGCCCGGAGGCCGUUCCGCACGUCUCUGCGCCAGGAACGGAGGCGCCCCCUAGUUUACCGGCCCGGCCCCGGGAUGGCCCCCAAACGCCCGGACUCUGUGGAGGAGCUCCGCGCCGCUGGCAACCAGAGCUUCCGCAACGGCCAGUUCGCUGAGGCCGCCACGCUCUACAGCCGCGCGCUGCGGGCGCUGCAGGCGCAAGGUUCUUUGGACCCAGAAAAAGAAAGUGUUCUCUACUCCAACCGGGCAGCAUGCCACUUGAAGGACGGGAACUGCACAGACUGCAUCAAAGACUGUACUUCAGCGCUGGCCUUGGUUCCCUUCAGCAUGAAGCCCCUGCUGCGGCGAGCGUCGGCCUAUGAGGCCCUGGAGAAGUACUCCCUGGCCUAUGUUGACUACAUGACGGUGCUGCAGAUUAAUGACAGUGUGACAUCGGCCUUGGAAGGCAGCAGCAGAAUGACCAGAGCUCUCAUGGACUCAUUCGGGCCCGAGUGGCGCCUGAAGCUGCCCUCUAUCCCCUUGGUGCCUGUUUCAGUUCAGAAGAGGUGGGAGUGUUUGCCUUCGGAAAACCACAAAGAGACAGCUGAAAGCAAGUCCAAAGAAACCACAGCUGCAAAGAGCAGAGUGCCUUCUGCUGGGGAUGUGGAGAGAGCCAAAGUUCUGAAGGAGGAAGGCAAUGAGCUUGUAAAGAAGGGGAACCAUAAGCAAGCAAUUGAGAAGUACAGUGAGAGCCUCUGGUUUAGUAACUUGGAAUCCGCCACGUACAGCAACAGAGCGCUGUGCCAUUUGGUGCUGAAGCAGUACAAGGAGGCAGUGCAGGACUGCACGGAAGCCCUCAAGCUGGACGGAAAGAACGUGAAGGCGUUUUACAGACGGGCUCAAGCCUACAAGGCACUCAAGGACUAUAAAUCCAGCUUCGCAGACAUCAACAGCCUCCUGCAAAUUGAGCCCAGGAAUGGCCCUGCACAGAAAUUGCGGCAGGAAGUUAACCGGAGCUUAAAGUAAAAACCCAGAGGGGCAGCAGGACACCUCUGCCUGACCUCCUUCCUCUGUGCCUGCUCCAGGACCCAGCGUGCACCCUCCUUGGCCCCUCAGAGGUGAUGGCCUCCCACCCCUUAAGAGGCUCUGCUUGUUCAGAUUAAGGUCAGUGUAGUCACAAACCAGAUGUUCUAUUGGAAAGGUCUCCCUUUUCUGCACUCCUCUCUGCUGCAGACAGCUCGCGGGUCACACGGGUCCUUGUCAGCAGAGCCCUUGAUUCUUUCUGUCUCUGCCCAGCAUGCUCCCCGAGUGCUGCCCUUCGAGCAUCACCAGGCCCCCUCACCAUGGUCCAUCUGAGCAGCCUGAGCUGGAGUAAGGGGCAGGGCAGUUACAGACCCUGGCCCACCUCUACCCAAAGCAGCCUGUUGAGCUGGUUCUCCAGGGCUGCUGCUCUUGGCACAGUGCCCCGUGUGCUGAGCCCCAGUGCCUUUUGGCCAAGCCCUCCUUUGAUAGGGAUGCAGACCCUGCCUCUUGGCUGGCGUUGUCUGGGGCUGUGUGCUGCCGCUGCCUGCAUGGAGGUGCCUGAGCUGUUUCAAGAGCCCAGAGGUGAGGCUGCUGCUUCUGAAGGUGGGAUGGGGAGAAAGGCCUCCUUGAAGUUAGUGUCCCUCCGUUCCCUGCAGGGACUUGCCUUUUGGCCCCUCUGGGCUUGUUCAUUCUUUGUAAUAUGUUGAAGUUAAUUUGAACUGAACUGACUGAUUUUGUUGAACUGCGUGUUUAAGCUGUUGCAUCAAACGUCUUCUACAUAAAUGUCUGUUGAACUUUUA